AUGGCACUUAAUCAACAAUCUGGGCUCCUGUCACUUGCCAGUCAAUUUUUCCAUUGGUCACUGCAAUAUCCAAGUGGUGGACUACUCAACAUAUUUUUUGCGCCAAAAGACCAAGGAAUGUUUCAAAUAAACCCUACAAAGGAAAAAAUAACUUUGGCUUUAAAAUUUCUUCAAUUUGUCCUCUUUAAGGAUACAACGGAUCUGCCCGUUUCAAAAGCUCUGCUAAGGGAGAACUUGAGUACCCACAACACUCCAACUGGUUCCAAUCGAUGGCGCCUUAGCUACUACAAGGCGCGCUGUCCAAGAAAGGAAUCGAACGAAAUGAUUUCUAUUUUUGAAAGCAGAGGUGAAAAUGGUUCGGAUGUGGUUAAAAAAGUGAGAGCUCUUUCCGUCGGCGUGCAAACUUUCCUAUAUUCGGGACUUUCAAAUGGACAGAAGACGAUUUCUGAGGCGUUUAGGGAACUUGAGGAUGCUCUUACUAUCCACUUACAAAACCGAUCAGAUGACGUAGUCGACACCUUGUAUCGACACUUGCAACUGAAGGAGAUGUUAAGCUUUGAAGCCGAGAUGGUCCGUCUCAUGGACGUCCGGGUGGCGGCCUUUAAAUCGGGCAACACUGCCCUUGUCAACAAAGUGGAGAGAGUCUCCCACUUCCUCACAGAUUUGAUAAGUGCUGAAAGAAAUCUGACUCGAGUUUUGAAGAACGAAUGUGAACGCAUGGAACAGUGUGCAGAAAUGAUCAUAUCUCUCAGUGCCGCCACUCGUCAGCUCACUCCAAUCCCUGUUGGGGGGAAUUCGCUGCCUCAACUAGUCACCGCUUUGCACAGCCUCAAGGUCAAACUCGAUCCAUGGUUCCUGUUGGUUCGUAACUUAAAUCACUCUCUGACCCAACUCAGAACUCGUCUUUCUAACCACUCAUCAACGCAUACCAUCGAUUUGUCGCCAACUGUGGAAGCUGUGUGGAGACAAGUGGAAAUGCAAGUGAUUUCCCUAAAUCGGAGUGUUCAAAGCCUUGAGCAGGAAGUUGUUUCCUCGUUGUAUAAGACCGCUAGGACCUGCGUGACUGCAGCUGUCAGUUCAGUUGGUGGAGUCUUCGUUUGCCUACACCUCUUUCUGGGUGUUUUUGUGGGUGGUUUUUUACAUAGCGCCGUGAAGGAACGAUGCCUACGGAAGCCAAGAAGAGUUAGGAAGGGCACAUCCGCUUGUCCUUCAAGCGUAAUCCAUCUAUGUGCUUUCCUCUUCAUAACUGCUAUGCUACUAACAUUUCUCGUUAUUUGCACAACCUUUGGGAGUUCUCUUCUUUACGCGGAGGGUUGUGUCUACCUACAAGAGAACAAACAUCUAGCCAUGUUUGAUUCAGUCCUAAGUGGUUACAUGCAAGGCGUAUGGACGCAAAUCAAUGGAGAAACGGUCUUUGGAGUACCGCCGCCAAAAAAUCUCCUAACUGCUGUAGUCCGCGAUUGUGGACGAAGUGAUGUCGGCCUCUUUGCGCUGAUUGGCUGGAAUAGCUUUCCUGAUCUGCCGACUUUGCUUCAUAGUGAAAACGUUCAAGGAGCAAUUCAGGAAGAAAGAUACGAUUUGAUGGAGACUCUGCAGCAAGUACAAAAAGAAAUGGCCAGUGAAGAAGCUCUCUCCCAUUUAAACAACGACUUGUCGCAGCUGAUUGCGGCCCAUGAUGAAGCUCGGAGAGCCAUGAAAGGAUUCGCUCCACAAAGGUUGAACCUUGCACAAAUUGAAGAGAUAUCUCAGAAUUUGACCACUUUGCAAUCAGCAGUGCCAUCAAUUUCAGCAUCUGGUAAGAUCUUCACCGAGAUCUGUCUCAGAGCACCAGAGAUGAAAGCGGUGAUGGGGGAUAUUGCUUCAGCUGCACAAUCACUCGAAAGCCUGAAAGAAGUGGAAGUGUUGAUGAAGAGCUUUCUUUUGUGGUUAGUCAACACAGCAACGGUUAGUCAACUCUGA